GGCAGCAGCGGCACCGUGGUUAGGAAUACAAGCUGCUUAGGUUUAAACGAGGAAGUGCCUCUGAGGAGCCCUGUCCCCUCAGGCGGCCAGAAUGGAGCUGUGGCCGGGGGUAUGGACUGCGCCGCUGCUCCUCCUCCUCCUGCUGCCCCUCCUGCUGCCCGCCCUGUGGUUCUGCAGCCCCAGUGCCAAAUACUUCUUCAAGAUGGCCUUCUACAAUGGCUGGAUCCUCUUCCUGGCUGUGCUCGCCAUCCCUGUGUGUGCCGUGCGAGGGCGAAACGUGGAGAACAUGAAGAUCUUGCGCUUGAUGCUGCUGCACAUCAAAUACCUGUAUGGGAUCCGAGUGGAGGUGCGCGGGGCUCACCACUUCCCUCCCUCCCAGCCCUACGUCGUGGUCUCCAACCACCAGAGCUCACUGGACCUGCUUGGGAUGAUGGAGGUACUGCCAGGCCGCUGUGUGCCCAUUGCCAAGCGUGAGCUGCUGUGGGCUGGCUCUGCUGGGCUGGCGUGCUGGCUGGCAGGAGUCAUCUUCAUCGACCGGAAGCGCACAGGGGAUGCCAUCAGUGUCAUGUCUGAAGUCGCCCAGACCCUGCUCACCCAGGACGUGCGGGUCUGGGUUUUUCCUGAGGGCACGAGAAACCACAAUGGCUCCAUGCUGCCCUUCAAACGUGGCGCCUUCCACCUUGCAGUGCAAGCCCAGGUUCCCAUUGUCCCCAUAGUCAUGUCCUCCUAUCAAGACUUCUAUUGCAAGAAGGAGCGCCGCUUCACUUCCGGGCGAUGUCAGGUACGGGUGCUGCCCCCCGUGCCCACAGAAGGGCUGACACCAGAUGACGUCCCAGCUCUGGCUGACAGAGUCCGACACUCCAUGCUCACCGUUUUCCGGGAAAUCUCCACUGAUGGCCGGGGCGGUGGUGACUAUCUGAAGAAGUCUGGAGGGGUGGGCGAGGCCCGGCUCUGAACU